CUAUUCACCAUUUUAGACAUACAGAACAUAUUGAGUGCUGUUCCAUUACAAGAUCGAGUUAGGAUACAACCUUACUACUUAAUUCUAUGCUGUACUUUGUAUUGUUUGUUACACAGCCAAGCCGACGAGAAGACAUACGUGGAUAAAUUUGCUGUAGCAGGUAAUUUAGAUAAUGUAGCCGUAUUUCAAGAGGAUCCCGACAGUCAGUGGAGGACUAUACAGAAAGUGUUCUACCCAAAAAAGUAUAAGUUCCCACUACACGAUAUAGCAAUAGUGUUUCUUCACCAACCUUUCAUAUAUAAUGCUUAUGUGGGAGAAAUACCGACCGCAUCACUAAAUGUAGAUUAUAUUGGCCAGUGUCUCGUAUCAGGAUAUGGAAGAACCGGCCAUAAAGAAAAUGACCAAUCGACAAAACUGUUGCUGGCAAAUUUGGCUCUACUACCAAAGAAGCCCUGUAAUAAGCUUCAUCGCAAGAUGAUGGAUGACUUUGUUUGCACAGCUUCAAGUCCUACGGAUGUCGGAAAGGGUGACUCUGGUGGACCCCUCGUGUGUGCACAUACUGGCGAUCCAAACGAGAAGGAUAAAGGAGUGUUGGUUGGCGUUGUAAGCGGUCAUAGUGUUGGCAAAGGAUCUUUCUUCACUAGAGUCUCCAAAUACAAGAAAUUCUUAGAAAAAACCAAAUCUGGGGCAUAUUCAACUCACAGUUCACAAUAUUGCACUUUCAUAUUUUUGGGAUUAAUAUACCUAACCGUUUUCUUGUUUUGACUUGUUUUAUUAAUAUAUUUUACGCCGCCAUGCGUACAUAAAAAGGAACCAGGUCAUAUUUUUACCUGGUAUCUCAGGUAUUAUAUGAAUUAGUAUUCAGAUUUCUUCACAAUAUAUGUGACAUUGUCAACGAAACUUUAUUCUUAACUAGCUGUUGCCCGCGACUUCGUCCGCGUGGUUAGAAGAUAU